AUACAAAACUAAAGUCUUUCACAUAGUUAGAGCUCAGUCUCAGUCUCUCUCUCCCUCUCUCCUAUUUAUCAUAGAUCAUCUUCCUUCCAUUCAUGUCCGAUUCUCAAACUUUAAUUCUUAACAAAACAAAGGAAGUCAAUAUGAAUGUGUAGGUAUCUUUUGAUAUUGAGAGCUCAUAAUCGAAGUAAGGAGAACUCAAUUGGCGCUGAACCGAGCUAUGAAGGCUCUAGGCAUCGAUGAAGUAAAGGUCCAACCCAGUUUGGAAAAGGGUUUAAAAUUGUAUGAAAAGCAUAUUGAAGAAGUGAACUACAGAGCUUUUUCUAUAUUUGAAGAAGUGAAGAAGAAAGACAAUGAUACUAACGAAGAUGCUGAAAUGGAGAAAGAAACGAAGGUUAAUGAACAUCUGAGGCCGUCGAGAAGGUUAAGAAGAAGACGUGAAUUUAAUAAGUCAGGGAAUGUGACAGAAUCACCCGAGGCUAGAGCUGAAGGUAGCUCCAUUUCACCUCAGCAGCACACUGUUAUAAAAGACAAGAGCAAGCAGCCCAUUGUUUCAGAUGGUGAGUUUCAUUCUCCAUUGAUUAAGCCUAAAUAUGAGCCAUAUACAGAUGACAUGUUUGCUAGGGACCUACCACAAGACGAGCCCACUCCUAUUGGGGUGAUUCGUCCAGAGCCGCAAAAUAAUGGAAGUGGUGGAGAAAUUGGCAAGAAAUCUUCUUCUGAAGACAUCGAUGCAAAAGGGAAAACCGAUGGUGUUGCCUCUUCACCAGCAGGACUCCUGUUUACUAGGCCCGUGUUCAGUGAUAUUGAGUAUAGCAAGAAAAGAAAGCAGGCUGCAAGCAUGGGUACAUGCAAAGGGACUCUACCAGGGUGUUCUUCUGUUCCCUUAGACACCCAGACUAUAAUCUUCCCGCCACCUCCUGCUCCUGACAUUCCAGUGCAAAAUAAUAAAAGUGGUGGAGAAUUUGGCAAGAAAUCUUCUUAUGAAGACGUCAAUGCUAAAGGGAAAACCGAUGGUGUUGCCUCUUCUUCACCAGGUUACACAAGUCGUAGGGCCUUCUUCAGUGGUAUUGAGUUAAGAAAGAGAAGAAAGCAGGCUGCGAGCAAGGGCACAUGCGAAGGGAUUCUACCAGGGUAUUCUUCUGUUCACUUAGAUCCCCAUACUAUAAUCCCUCCACCGCCUCCUGCUCCUGCGGUGACUGUUGCCGCAACAUCUGUGAAUAAGCCUUCAUUGCCUGUUCGGGUUCAAAGGGUGCUACCUCAUGUUGAGGAGGUUUUUCAUAGCGAUCAGGUUCGGGCAGCUUGGUCGUUUUCAGGAGUUGACAUUCCAAGGGAGGUCAUCCUUCAAAACAUCGCAAACAGUGUGCAGGGGACGAUUGCUUUGGUCAACUUGUUUGAGGCAUGCGAACAGCUGAAGAAAGACAAGGAGGUUGAGUGCAGCAAGCUUAUGAAUGAAAUUGAGGCUGUUCGUGAUGAGCGGAACAACAUUAAGGCUGAACUUGAUCAACUCAAGACGUCCUCCAGCGCAGAGAUCGAUCAGCUCAAGAAGUCUCAUAAUGUUGAGGUCGAUCAGCUUAAGGCCCAGAUCGAACAAGUGAAGGUUGAUGCCGAGGCUACUCGCCUUCAAGCCAUCGAGGAAACGAAGGAUAAGGAAGGGGAGAUUAUGAACAAUAUGUUUUUUCAAAUAUGGAAGCAUAAUCGUAAUGCUGAUCUCUCCUUCCUUGAGGGUGGUGAGACAUCUCUGAUCGAGGCUUGCGAACGAAGGCUUGUUGAGGAAAAAAGGCUUCUGUUCGCACUACAUCAGAGUUUCCCAAGGACAACAAUGAAAGAAGUUCAAGGGGACAUAAGGAACAACACUCCCGUUGACCCUUCGGCUUCACAGAGCAACCAACCCCUUCAGCCAGAGUCCUGGUAGUUUCUUUCCUUUAUUUUCUAUUUCUAUGUAAAUAUUUAGACGAAUUCGACCAAUUUUGCAAAGAUAAUUCUUUGCUCAACGAACAGACAUAUCUUUUAGAGGUUCAGUGACUUGUGCCCAUUGUCACUUACCAUCAGUAAGUUUCCUUGAAGAAUCAAGUAUCUGUAAAGAAGAAGAACAAACAUAGUUAGUGACUCUUGCAUUUAUAAUCCAGGAUGACAUAUCAUUAAUUACUAUACAAGUUUUAAGUACAAGCAAAUCAAAUUUACUUUUGGCUUAGUUUCUCUUUUAGUGACCAUCAACUCUACAAUAGAAGCAAGUUUCUUUAGGUUUUUUAUUUUUUAGAACAAGUUGAUUAGGUCGCAGAUAAUUUUGUUGUUUAAAAGCACUUCUCCGGAGUGCAAGAUCUUCUCUGUACAUCUCAUAAAGAGACUUCUAAAUAUUAAAUCUAAUCCAAAUAUUUGUCUU